AUGGACUUUGUAAAUAUGGCUAAACAAGGCUAUGAGGCGUACGCAGGUAAUAGCGGCGACUCAGGUAACACCUCUUCUGGGCAAGGAUUCGAUUUGAGGUCAGUCCUCGGCAUGGCCAAGUCAGAGCACGGCGAUGAGUCACAGCACUCGUACCUCGAGAAGGCAGUAGGCAUGCUCAACGACAAGCAGGGCGAGAUGAAUGGCCAUGUGGAUGAGGAAGGCUCCGUGCAGGCACAUAACAAGGUUUUUGAAGAGGGCGAUACCAAGGGCGCCUCGCCUCAAGAGCACGGCACUGCUUACGCUAUGAGCCUUUUCAAGAAACACUUUGCUGGUGGAGAAAACCAGACAAACGAGAAAGAUAGCGAUCUCCUCGGAAAAGUUAUCGCCGAGGCUAAGAAAUUGGCUGAUGAACACUUUAGUCAUGGUAGCAGCGACGACAAACAGUCUGCUGUUGACAGCGCUGCAAUGACUUUCGGUAAACUCGUCAUCAAGUCCAAGAUGAGUGGUGGUACAAUUGGAGGAAGUGACUCGGGUGGGCUGAGCAGCCUGGCUAGCAAAUUCCUUUAG